AUGGCUCUGGCUGUCAAGACCAAUCUCGAACUGCCUCUGGCCGCCGGGGCGGGCUCCUCGGUCCGACGGCCAGUCUCGUCGUCCAAGCCAAGCAUCGUCGUGAGCGAGGACAAGAGCGUGCUUCCCAAGGUCGCAUAUCAGUUCUACCGACACGGAGUCCCAAGCGGACCCAUAACCGAAUGGACCUCAAACUUGGACGGCAGCAUGUUCUCACGCCGACGGGCAUCGUCAUCGAUGGUCUGGAGUACCUACAGCUCGAUCUCGCUCCAGGAUCCGAGGACCACCGAACUCGAAAGAGUGUCCCAGCUGACCAACAAGUGGUUUCAUCACCCAGGCCGGGUGCCCCACACGAAGGGCACUGAUCCGCUAGAGAAGCUGCACAAGGGCUUUAUCAAGGAUAUCCUCGACAUGCAUCAUCGUCGGGGCCAGUUCAAGGAAGAACCGACCGCAGAAGCCCGUGCCGAAGCCCUCCAGCAUCUCUACAACCCCAACGGAAUCGACCUCGGGCGCAAGCUCCUGCGACGUGAGGUGCCAGAAGCCAAGAUAGUCCAGAGUUUUCCAGCCCGCAAAAAGAAGAAAAGCCCCAAGCGCACCAAGGCCAGUCGAAGCAACUCGAUCGCCCCGCAGCCCCCUGCCGCAGGAGGAAUCACUAGCCGGAGACCAUCCCGACCGAUCGAUUCUGGCUCCAAAAGGCCGACCAAGCCGCCCGGGUCGCCCGAUAAGGUCGCCACGACAAUGGACCGGACAUUGAGUCGGUCGAUACUCUCGCGCAGCAUUGUGGGAACUUUGCCGCUCAAGUUCAAGCUGAAUUACGACCGGAUUGUUUCGAUCUUGAAGACCGACAUUCUCGAGCGCAAAGCAGAGGAUCUCGAGCUCCUGAACAAGAUACUACAGCUGCUGCCUCCGUUCAAGAAGCUGUCGGAAUUUCUGCUGAUGGAGAUAUGCAAGGUCAUGGUCGCAGAGGACCACGAAGGCGAACAGAUCAUCUUUCGCCAAGGCGAGCCUGGAGACCGAUGGUAUGUCGUGCUCUCAGGCAGUGUGCGGGUCAUGAUCCGACGCGACCAAGAUCCAACAUCCGCGGACGAAUCGAUGAUCGUCGUCAAUUUUGCAUGGCCCGGCGACUCUUUUGGCGAUAGUGCCUUGGUCAACGACGCCCCUCGCGCUGCGACGAUCCAAACACAGGAGCCAACGACGCUGGCCGUGGUCGAAAAGUCGGACUAUAAGCGACUCCUUCUAUGUGCUCAUCAGAUCGAGCAAAAGUACAAGCUGCAGUUCCUGCGUCUCCGGGUUCCGUUUUUUGCCAACGUUACGGACACUCAGCUCAAACGAGUGGCCAGCCGCAUGGUGAUCCGCAAGUGCGCACCUGAAACUGCGAUCGUCAGGGAAGGCGACGUCAAGGAUCAGCUCUACAUCGUCAAGCGGGGGAUGUGUGAUGUAUUGCGGAAGGUCAAGCUCGGUGAAAAUGAUGAGGCCGAGAUCUUCCUGGGCAAUCUCAAGAUCGGAGAUCAUUUCAACGAAAAUCUGAUUCUCAAUCCAGGGCACUACUCUGGAUGCCCCAUCACCGUGCGGGCGAACUCCUCUGAUCCCGAGGGUGCCGAGAUUGCGUCGGUCGGGGUGUUUGCGGACUGGACACGCAUGGACGUCCAGCGCACGACCUGGGACUUUAGCCAACUGACAAACAACGAGCUGAUCAAGAUAUACAAGAGCCGGGCCGAGCUGCAGCGCUUCCGCAAGUACCAGACGCAGUUGCUGGACCAGAUCGCGCGCGAGAAGCUGGUCGACCCUGCAGCGACAUGGAAGGCAGUGUCCGCGCCACGUGCGCAACGCGCCCGCCAAGGAAAAUGA